UGUUCCGGUCGUCGCCAGGAUACGGCUUCCUCAGCGCAUGGCGGAUGUUUGCUAAGUUGUUUACAAUAGACUGGUAGACUACCGUUUGAAAAUCAAAUAAUGUAGAAUACGUCAGUUUGAUUAAGGAAACACCAUUAUAAAGCGGCAAUAUGUUACAUGUAACAACGGAAAUAGGGAAGCCGGGCAAACAUGAAAGAGAACGGAGACACUUUCCUCACAUAAAUAACACUGCCAGUGCACCAAGCUACCAGUCGAGGGGACGGAGAUACAUACCGCAUGGCUAUGGAUUUUAUGAUGAGUGGUCGCCACACCCUCAGAAUGUACAGAUCAAAUAUUCGGAAAAUGGACCAGACUGGAAAUCCAAACUGAAAUACCUUCCUGACCCAGAACAUCCUGAAUACCCAGCUGCAGAAAUUUCCAACAACUGGAAGGCUAUGCGACCAUAUCCUUUUACAUAUAAACGCACCAAUAAUGAGUGGCUACUAGAUCCAGGGUUGACUAAGAUUGGUCUGAGAUGUAGCUUUGAAGGUGUCCAUAAAGCUACUGAUGUCUCCUCCAACGAAAUCACACAUAAAAUGCUGUUUGGACGAGGGAGAAACGAGACGAUCAUAGACAAGAGGAAUGGGAUACCAUAUGCAUCAGAAGGGGACAAAACGUACCAGGCAGUGGAGUACUCGCCAGGAUUCCACAAAACAGGAUCCUCACGACCCCUGCCAGAGUUUGGAAUGAUAAGUGCUAACUUCAAACGUGCUACUGUGGAUACGUUUGUUCCACUACAAAGGUUGCCAGCCAUACGCAGGGAUACUUAUCGUCAAAUGGAAAGGAAACUUCAAAGAGACGACGAUAUUUCUUCUGUCAGGGGUCUAGACUCGUGGAAACCAGCCACACCACUUCAUCUGACUCUGCCGCAGGACGAUAAAAAGUAGACAUUGUAAUUUAUACCUGGAUUUGUGUAGCAGUAGUAGCGCACCCCAUUUACAUUUUAAUAGAUGUCAUUUUCAAGCUUAAAUGCUAAGGGUAUUGAUGUAUAAAUUAGACGUCGUGAAAUCAUAAUAUACUCACUGUUUCGUAGCAUUAUGUUGACGGUACAAAUGCGUGUUGUUAAAACUUUUUACAUGCAGUAUUAUGUAGGGGUCAAGGAGGGUCUGUGAUAAAGUGUAAUGUCUUUAUUGAUUAUGAUAAGUUAAUGUUGUUGAGUUUGUUGUCAGCAAAUGUUAAUGCUUCUCUAUAUCUACAAUAUGCACGGUAAUGAGGGUAAAGGAUCUUUAUCAAUUAUCUAUCCGUAUAUUUACGAUGUUAUGCGCACUUAUUACAUAUUUUGUUAGUUGGGAUAUGGUUGUGAUGGAACCUCAUCAUCGUUUGCAAUGCACAAUGAUACUAACUCGUUAAGUACAGGAAGUGUACACUCUGCCAAAGCAUUACUUCAGACUUUCUAGUAUCUCAACAGUAUAUAUCUAUUAUACGUUGAUGAUACUUUGUAAGUUCAGCAGUGGGUUUAAUUGAAGACUAUUUUGAAAAUUGAUUUGAUCUUGUUAGGUUGUUCUCCAAAAUAUGUUAUGGUAUCAUUUCCACUAGGAUUAGCGUUGAUUUGAUGGUUUUUAAAAUCAAGUGUUUGUAAAAGGUGAUGCUGAUAUCCAAUGUUUGAUGUGUUUCUCCAGUUUGUAUAUCUUAUCUGUGAUACGUUUUAUCAGUAUUAUAACAUUAAUCUUUUUUAUCUGCCAUUUUAGUAAACUGACCUGUGUUUGUGAACCCCUCUCUGUUUAUCGGACCACAUAUAUAUUGAUUACUUCAUGUUACCUUGUUUGUGAACACUGUCUUUGUUUUGCUCAACUUUAUUAAUUUACAGGUGCUUUUACGUAUAUGCUGCCGUUGCAUCUAUCAAGGCAUGCACGACCUUUUGUUUACUGUAUAUUUCACUUAGAUAAGAUCUACUUAAGGUAUUUCAUCAAUGUAUGGAUGUUUUAUUUUUUAUAUAUAAAAUCAAAUUGAAUAUGUAUAUAUGUUUUUAUACUUUAUAUAUUGGUAUUUUUAUCAUUCAUUAAAUUAUUGUCAUCAGGAACACACAAUUAGUACGACUGUUAAUUGGUAGAUCUUUUAGACUAUUACAUCAGUGUGCAAUGUAGAAUAAUGUAACAAAAUUAAUAUUCCAAUCAUAAUAGUAUAAAUUUAUUUUUUUAUGUUUACAAUCUACGAAGACAUAUCGAUUAAUGUCGACAACCUUCAUAUGACGUCAUUUGAGUUUUGUUUUGAAUUUUACCGUGUUGUCAUGUCACACUGAUCCUGGAUGGAAAUUAUAACAGAUUUGUUCUUCUAUGCAAUUGCAAGCUAUGAGAAAUAUCGUCCCCUAACUAAUUUUGUGGGUUUUUCGUAUCUAAGUUCACAUGUGAUAAAAACCCACUCAAACAUUUAAAUUGUCUAAAUAGAAAACACCAUCACCUAUUUGGGUACUUAACUUUAAAUUAUGACAAAACAUGAUGCUUUCGUAUUACAAUAUAUUUUCAGGUAUUGUAAUCACGUUUUCAAAGUCAGUUUAUUAAAAUGCGACAACUGUUAUUCAAAUUGAAUUAAUGUUCGAUUUAUUGUACUUUUCACAAAUGAAAUCAUGUCAUGCAAAAGUGAAUAGUUUGAGACAGGAAUCGAGUUGUUUAUGUUAUGUAAUUAUAAGCCUGCUGAUAUUUAUUAUACUUUGUAAUAAAUCAUUGUUUGAUCGUUCAAAUCAUUGUUUGAUCGUUCAACCAUAACGAUAUCGAAAGCGAUUAUUAAAAUAAUUCAUCAUA